AUGGAUCUGAAGCAGAAGGAAAGUCUUGGCAUUGGUCAUGUCGACGCUGUGGUUGUGAAUGAUCCGCAUCUGCAGCCACCCGAAGCAUCGCCACUGCCGUGGUACAAGCAGACAGAGUUGAGGAAGCUCUACUUCAUGAUGGUGUUUCUCUUCCUCGGCUCGACGACACUAGGUUACGAUGGAAGCUUGUUGAACGGACUUCAGACUAUGCAAUCGUGGCAGACCUUCUUUGACCACCCCAAGGGAAGUCGGCUUGGAAUCUUUGGUGCCAUGCCAGGUUUCGGCGGUCUCUUCGUCCUCCUCUUCGCGCCCUACAUCGCCGACGGCCUCGGCCGAAAAUGGGGUACCGCCAUCGGCUGCAUUCUCGUCGUCUUUGGCGCGCUGCUGCAAUCAUUCCCCGUCGGAUCUGGCUCCAGGAGAGAGGCAAUGUACCUAGUCGGGCGCUUCAUCAUGGGUGCGGGUUCCAAUAUCUCCAACGGCACUUGUCCCCUCCUCAUCACGGAAGUGGCGCAUCCCCGGCACCGCGGCAAAGUUACAACGCUGUAUAACACGCUCUGGUACUUGGGGAGUAUCAUCGCGGCCUGGUCCUGCCUCGGGACGCUCAUCCAUCAGUCAGGUGACCUACAAUGGCGACUACCCACCGGGUUGCAGUGCAUGAUGCCGGGCAUCCAGUUGAUGGCUGUCUGGUUUCUGCCCGAGAGCCCUAGAUGGCUGAUCAGCAAGGGCAAGGAGGCCGAGGCGAAGAAGGUUCUCAUCAAGUACCACGGCAACAACAACGAAAACGACGAAUUUGUGCGCUGGGAGUUUGCCGAGAUUUCUAGCAUCCUCAGGCUAGAGAAGGACGCCGCGGCGCAGAGCGGUUGGAUGGAACUCGUCCGGACGCCAGGUAACCGCAAGCGUUGCGGGCUGAUCAUCGCGACAGCCAUCUUCAGUCAAUGCAGUGGAAAUGGAUUGGUUUCGUACUAUCUCGCCGUGAUUCUAGGUACUAUUGGUAUCAAGGACUCAAUCACACAAUCUUACAUCAACGGCGGCCUAACCAUCUGGUCCGGACUCGUCUCGCUUACGGCCGCCUUCUUCGUCGACCGAAUCGGACGCCGGGCCCUCUUCCUCUUUGCUGGCGUCGGCAUGCUCAUCUCAUUUUCCGCCUGGACGGCCUGCAGCGCAGUAUACGCCCAAACCCAGUCUUCAUCGGCAGGUAUCGCCGUCGUGGCCAUGAUUUUCGUUUUUUACGGUGUUGCUGGAGCCGCGUGGCCGGGUCUAACUGUGUCCUACACGGUCGAGAUCCUGCCGUUCAACAUCCGCGCAAAGGGACUCACUCUAUCUUUUUGCUUCACUACGUUGAGUGCUGUCUUCAACCAGUGGGUCAACCCAUUGGGGCUUGAGCAGCUGGGGUGGCACUUUUACUUUGUCUACAUUGCCGUUCUGGUAAUUGAAUGCUUGGUCAUCUACUUCUUCUUCGUGGAGACAAGAGGUCCAACAUUGGAGGAGAUUUCGAUGCUUUUCGAUGCCAAAGACUCCGCGGCUGGAGUUGCUAGUCUUCAAGCCCAGGUAAAGGUUGGGGAGGCCCAUAAAAGAGAAGCGCAUGAGAACGACCAGCCAUUCCGAAUGGGAAAAGUAGAGCCACAGAACUGA